AUGAAAGUUCUGAAAUCAGCAGAUCGAGAAAAACUGCUCUUUCAACAGAGACAGGGAUUACUGGAACAAAUCAAACUCAAAGAGAAAAAUCAGCAAAAGUUGCUUGAAAAUGAAGUUGAGAUUUUAGCAUUAGAAAAGAAUAAACAAGAGCGAGAGGACUUUUUUCGCUUAGAUCGAGCAUUAGAAUCUUACAUGAAGAUCCAAAAGGCUGUUUUAAAUGAUCGUAUAAGGCUUGAAAAUGAGCGUAGACGCGAUGUUUUAAAGAAAACAGGGAAAUCUACAUCAGAAGCUCAAAAAAAGCGUAAUGAGGAAAAUAGGCGUAAAUAUGAGUUAGGGGGUGCGAUUAAUAAUAUGCAAGAUAUCAUUGUUAAAGACAAUGCUCUAAUUAAUGCAAGCUAUAAUUUAGAUUUAGUUGAACAACGUCUAAUUUUAUUAGCUAUUGUUGAAGCCAGAGAAAGUGGUAAAGGAAUUACUGCUAAUGACCCUCUAGAAGUACAUGCUGAGAGUUAUAUUAAUCAAUUUAAUGUAGCAAGGCAGACUGCUUAUCAAGCACUUAAAGAUGCUUGUAAAGAUUUAUUUGCAAGACAGUUCAGCUAUCAAGAAAUAAAUAAAAGAGGAAAAGUUGAGCAUGUUUUAAGUCGUUGGGUUAGUGAGAUUAGAUAUAUUGAUGAUGAAGCAACUGUAAAACUGAUAUUUUCUCCUUCUAUUGUUCCUUUAAUUACAAGGUUAGAAGAGCAAUUUACUAAGUAUGAAUUACAACAAAUUAGUAAAUUAACAAGUGCAUAUGCUGUCAGGUUAUAUGAGUUAUUAAUUGCAUGGCGUAGCUCUGGACAGACACCAAUUAUUGAACUGGCCGAUUUUAGAAAAAAAAUUGGUGUGCUUGAUGAUGAAUAUGUUCGUAUGGGGAAUUUUAAGGAUCGUGUUCUUAACUUAGCUAUUUCUCAAAUUAACUUACAUACUGAUAUAAAAGUUAAGUGUGAACAGCAUAAAAAGGAAGCUAUCAGGGUAUUUGGUGAGCCAAUUAAAAAAGGAAAUGUAAAAGAAGAUGUAAAAAUAGACAAAAUAGAAUCGGCAGAAGUUUUACUGCUUAGACAGCAAGUUGACAUGCUUAAAAAUCAGCUUGAUGAUGCUAAAGGAAGAGAGUCUUUCUAUCAAAAUCAGAUUGAAACAAUGCAACGUUUAUUAGAGGCUCCAAAAGAUAAGGAAGAGCUUUUAUUACAGCCUGAUAAAGGGGCUUUGAUCAAGAAUGGUGGAGGCAUUAGAAAAAUACGAUGUUCUCAAAGUAAUAAAGGGAAAAGUGGUGGCAUAAGAAUAAAUAAACUAAUAUUCUACGACAGUUGGUUAAGGAACAAUUUCAUGGAAAAUAACUUAUUUGAUGAUUUGGUUGCUUCUAUCAAAGAGGCUGGAGCAAUUAAACGUCAGGAAAUAAAAGCAAGUCGUGUAAUAAAGCUAGAAUUACCUGAUAUUAAGCAACCCUCGCACACUGCAAAACUGGGAGCAAGGAAGAAGAUAUCCAACAGGACCAGCAGCGACUUUAAUUAG